AUGAGCUCGGACGAGGACGUGACGCUAUACAGCGCGUUGGACCGCAAUCAGAAGCGACAGAUGAUGGUGUCGCUCUCGUCUUCAUCCGAUGAAAACGGCAAUGACGACGACAAUUCCGAAGGUUUUUCGGUUUUAGAAACACCUGUUAAGAGACGGCGAUAUCGCGUGUCACUUGACACAGCUGCGAAGAGUGGCGAAAGUCUGGAUAGAGAAGGAAAAGGACCAGUACCACUGCAUAGCAGUGACGAAGACAACGAUGUGGACUCGCCAAGCGAGAAAGAGGCGGAACGUCAGCGCAAACUGCAGCUUGAGCGCGAGAUUCGGCAGAAAUUAGACAAUGACAAAGUGUUGAAUCAGACCCGAGCUAUCAUGGACAAAGUGUUGUUCACGAAACGACAGACAACAGUAGACAACUCGGAAGUGAUCUCGCUGGACUCUGACUCAUGUGACGAUAGCGAUGGUGCUAAUCAAUUCGAGGCCGUUGUGCUUCCAUCUCCGAAACUUGCACAAGAAGCCCGGGUUGUGUUUCGUGUCCGUUCUAAUGGUGGCGCGGUUGAUGAAAUUGCUAUCCUCAAGAAGGACACUUUCGAGCAGCUGUAUGUGAGCUUUUGUGAGCUACACGGAUUACCGCGAACGGCAGUCACAAUGUCGCUGCACGAGAAGGCUUUGGCACCUGAGGCUUGUGUUGGUGGCACUCUCUUGGAUUUCGACAACUUCAUUGAAGCUAACGUGGACUUCUCGAAGCAAGUUGAGUCAAAGAAGAAACGGUAUUUGCGCUUGCGAUUGGUGGUGUUUGGUCGACGAUCCGAGGUGUACAAGAUCGAUUCGACGGCAACGAUCCAGAAACUACAUACGAGUUACUGUAAGCGGCACGACAUCGCCGACCCGGAUAAUGUCGUCAUGAUUAUGCGAAAUCAGGAGCUUCGGCUGAACGAACGCCUUGAUUUCUACGGGCUCAUUGACCAUGACGAAAUUUCAGUCAAGUUUGGCGACAGUCUCGUAUCACGCCAAACAAUUGCGCUACAAUUGCGGUUCGGGGAAGAUGAUUCGGAAGUGCAUCACGUUAUUCCGGGUGCUAAGGUUAAGGUGCUGCUAGCUAAGAUUGCGAAACUGAAAGGAAGCGAGGCCUCCAAGAUAUCACUUACGAUUGACGGAGAGGAGAUGACAGCAUCGCAAACCUUUACGAGCUACGAUUUAGAGGGCGGCGAAUUGAUCGAAGUCAAGAUCGCGUCUUGA